CAUCACCCACAGCGAUGCCGUCUUAUAAUCGUUUCGUAGAGCCUGGCCGCUUCUGCACCGUUACUUACGGUCCCGAUGAGGGCAAGCAGUGCACCAUCGUCGAUGUUGUUGACCACCGAAGAGUCGUUGUUGAUGGACCCAAGAACGUCACCGGUGUGGCCCGUCAGCAGAUCCCUAUUCGUUGGUUGGCCCUCUCGGAUUUCGUCGUCCCCAACACUUUCCGUGGUGCUCAUGGCCCUACUGUGGCUAAGGGCCUCAAGGAGGGUGACGUGCUUGCUAAGUUCAACGCUACUAGAUUCGCCCGUAGGCGUGUUGCUCGCAAGAACAAGCUCGCUCUCACCGACUUCGAGCGUUUCAAGGUUAUGGUUGCCAAGAAGCGCAUCGGUCAGGCCAUGCGUGCCUCCAUCAACAAGGUCCGCAAGCAGCACUAAUCAGUGGUGUCUAUGACGCUGAUGCUCACAUUCACUACUGUUGAUCACAACAGUGGAUUAUGAUGAUGACGACUGACGCUGUAUGAAGAUGAUGAUGAUGACCAGGCUGG